UAUAACUAAGCAAAUUUGAGCAACCCUCCCCGGUUCUUCCACAAAAGCUCGAACAGCACCCUCUCCGACGAUACAAUGGAAAAUCCACUCCCCAAACCAACCCCAAACAAGGUUGCUCUGGUGACGGGGGCCAACAAGGGGAUCGGGCUAGAGAUUUGUCGGCGGUUAUUAUCGUCCCAGCGGGUAACGGUCGUUCUAACGGCCAGAGACGAGGGGAGGGGCGUGGCGGCCGUUCAGAAGCUUCGAGAUUCGCGAGCGACGACGGGCGUGUUCUUCCACCAACUGGAUGUCGCCGACUCUUCCAGCGUUGCAUCUUUGGCCGAUUUCGUGCGCGCCCAAUUCGGAAAACUCGAUAUUUUGGUAAACAAUGCCGGAGUUCUCGGAAGGGCAUCAGAGACUCAAGGAUUGGCUGGAGAGUCGACCAAUUCCUUACCAGCUGGAGAGACUUAUGAAAAGGCAGAAGAAUGUUUGGAAACAAACUACUACGGAACUAAGAGGGUAACAGAAGCACUAAUCCCUCUUCUUUUGAAAUCCCAGUCACCACGGAUCGUGAAUAUUUCCUCUUAUUAUGGCAAACUACAGCGAAUCCCCAAUGAGGGCAUUCAGAAAGAAAUUGGCGACAUCGAUAGCUUGACCGAAGAGAAAAUCGAUGAGAUGGUACGAUCCUUUCUGAAUGAUUUCAAGGAAGGGAAAUUGAGAACAAAUAACUGGCCGGCUAGGUUGUCGGCUUACACUGUGUCUAAAGUGGCGAUGAGUGCAUAUACAAGAAUUAUUGCGAAGAAGUAUCCCGCCAUUUGUACAAACUGCGUUCAGCCAGGCUACGUUAAGACGGACUUGAAUGCGAAUUCGGGUAUAUUGUCGGUUGAAGAAGGCGCGGAGGGACCUGUAAUGUUGGCUUUGCUUCCUGACGGUAGCCCUUCAGGGCUAUUUUAUGAUCAGACCAAAGUAUCAUCCUUUGUAGCGUAAUCAUUUCCAAUCAAACAUCAGAUUAUGAGGUUCCUUUCUCUAAACUUCUUUGGGUCUUUGUUGAUCUUUGUAUCUUAUGUAUGGUUUAUAAUAAAUUUACACCUGUUUAAUGCAAUUGACAUGAUCAAAAGUUGAUAUUGCAUA